CAGGCGCCAUUGAAGUCUUCAAGAUUUAUUCUGCCCUUUCCUUCCCUCUUCUCUAUAUAUAGCCCUUGCAUCGACGCCAUUCCCCUCUCUCCUUUCUCCUAUUCCUCUCUCGGUGGUUUGGCUGACACAUCUCGUGUUCAAUUCAAGCUCUUCGUUACGUAAAACUUUCUGAAUAUCGAAGUUCAACAGAGCUGGAUUUUUACGGCCAUCCCUAUGAAACAAUCAGGAUUUCUUAUAUAGAUGUUUCCUCGUUCUGAACAUGAGAAGUUCUCAGGUAUUCUGUUGUUGAUUAAGUGCCUCCACACCUGCAGUGACAAGAAAACGCUGAAGAAGUGGUUUUUCAUCGACAAGACAGUAGGCUAAAUUCAGUUCAGAGAAAGAAACAACACCAGACCACAGUUAUUUUCUUGAUUCAUCCCAAUGGAUAAUAGCAGCUGCUCGCCUGUCAUCACCGAUCCGGUGGCGGCGAUAAGCCCGCCAAUGUUAGGAGGUUUGACAUCAAACCUGAUGCCAUUUUCAGUCAUGUCCGGAGGUUACUCCAGUCCUGGCAUGAGCGUAAGCGUCAGCCGGCGUAAGAUCGAGGAGGUUCUUGUCAAUGGGCUACUGGAUGCAAUGAAAUCCUCAUCGCCGCGUAAGAAGCACAAUCUAGCCUUCGGCCAGGGAAAUUCACCUGACGACGAUCCUGCUUACAGUGCAUGGAUGUCAAAAUGCCCUUCUGCUUUGACCUGCUCCUUCAAGCAGAUAGUAGCCAAUGCACAAGGCAGGAAGAUUGCUGUGUUUUUGGAUUACGAUGGUACUCUGUCGCCUAUCGUGGACGAUCCCGACAAAGCAUUCAUGUCCCCCGUGAUGAGAGCUGCUGUGAGGAACACCGCAAAAUAUUUCCCCACUGCAAUUGUCAGCGGAAGGUCCCGCAAGAAGGUGUUUGAAUUUGUAAAACUGAAGGAACUCUGCUAUGCUGGAAGUCAUGGGAUGGACAUAAUGACAUCUGUAGCAAAUUCUGAACAUAAUAUUGAAAAGUGCAAAGAAGCCAAUCUCUUCCAACCUGCUUGCGAGUUUCUGCCUAUGAUUGAUGAGGUUUCCAAGUCACUCUUGGAGGUCACAGGUGGAAUUGAAGGCGCAAGUGUUGAGAACAACAAGUUCUGUGUAUCUGUACAUUACCGCAACGUAGCAGAGAAGAACUGGAAAGAGGUUGCGCGACUUGUAAACGAAGUCUUGGAGGCCUUUCCUCGUCUCAAAGUAACCAAUGGGCGAAUGGUUUUAGAGGUUCGUCCGGUGAUCGACUGGGACAAGGGAAAGGCUGUCGAGUUUCUGCUUCAGUCACUCGGGUUAAAUGACUCUGAAAAUGUGAUCCCUAUUUACAUCGGAGACGACAGAACUGAUGAAGAUGCAUUCAAGGUACUUCGAGAGCGAAAAUGCGGUUACGGAAUACUAGUAUCGCAGGUGCCCAAGCAAACCGAAGCCUUCUACUCGCUGAGAGACCCAUCUGAAGUGAUGGAGUUCCUCAAUUCCCUGGUGAGAUGGAAGAAGCAUUCACUAUGACGAAACCGGAAAAAAAAUGGGUCCAGGGGCCUGCUUAGAUAUGCGACAAUUUUGUAGGGCUGAGCUGACGCAGUGGGUGGCUCAUUCUUUCAUGUCUAUCAGUGUUCCUUUUGUACAGAUUCAUGUUCAUUGCCACUGAUAAGUGAUCAGUGGUUGUCUCGGCGUCUUGCAAGUGUGAGUUGUAAGCAAGAGGGCUCUUGUCUGUUCAGACGAGUAAAUAAAACUGGGACCCUUAGUUUAAUGUUAGUUGGACAUUAAUGUGCAAUUUUUUUUAUCAAAUUAGACAUCUUAAAUUCGAGUCA